UGGGGUCCGCCUACUUGCUCGCUAUUUAUGCGGCUCUCGCGAAACAGAUCCUUGCCCUGCUUUGCGCCUUCUCUUGCAAAGCUCGUCUCAUCUACACUCUAUUCUGCUGUUAGCUCGGCUUCAGGGGAAACUCUGUCGAGCUGCUGUUCCUCCUUUCUUCGCCUCAGGGGUUUUCGAAACAUAUCUUUGAGAACAAUGGCAUCCCACGUUGUUGGAUACCCACGCAUGGGCCCUAAGAGAGAGCUGAAGUUCGCUCUUGAAUCAUUCUGGGAUAAGAAGAGCUCUGCAGCUGAUCUAGAGGAAGUUGCCAAGGAGUUGAGGGCUUCAAUCUGGAAGCAGAUGGUUGAUGCUGGAGUCAAAUACAUUCCAAGCAACACUUUCUCUUUCUAUGAUCAAGUUCUUGACACCACUGCCAUGCUCGGAGCUGUUCCUCCCAGAUAUGGCUGGUCGGGUGAAGAGAUCGGCUUUGAUACUUAUUUCUCCAUGGCCCGAGGAAACGCUACUCUUCCUGCUAUGGAGAUGACCAAAUGGUUUGACACCAACUAUCACUACAUUGUUCCCGAGUUGAGUGCAGAGCUCAAAUUCACUUAUGCAUCCCACAAGGCCUUGAAUGAAUACAAGGAGGCCAAAGAGCUUGGCAUUGAAACGGUGCCUGUGCUUGUUGGACCAGUGUCCUACUUACUGCUUUCAAAGCCUGCAAAGGGUGUAUCAAAGACCUUCAAUCUCCUGUCUUUGCUUGAUUCAAUUCUGCCAAUUUACAAGGAGGUUAUCUCUGAGUUGAAGGCAGCUGGUGCAUCCUUGGUGCAGUUGGAUGAACCAUCUCUUGUAUUGGACCUUGAGGCUCAUCAAUUGGAGGCGUUCUCUAAGGCUUAUUCUUACUUGGAAGAAGCAACUGACGUCAAACUACUAGUGGAGACCUACUUCGCCGAUAUCCCUGUUGAGACCUACAAGACAAUUAUUGGAUUGAAGGGUAUCUCUGCGAUUGGCUUUGAUCUUGUCCGUGGAUCGCAAACCUUGGCUCUUAUCAAGGAGGUUGGCUUCCCAGCUGACAAGGUCUUGUAUGCCGGAGUAGUUGAUGGUCGAAAUAUUUGGGCCAAUGAUUUGGCUGCAUCCUUGAGUAUUUUGCAAAGUCUUGAGAGCAUUGUUGGAAAAGGUAAAUUGGUUGUCUCUACUUCGUGUUCCCUUAUGCACACGGCUGUGGAUCUGGUGAAUGAAACCAAGCUUGACAGUGAAAUCAAGUCCUGGAUGGCUUUUGCUGCACAAAAGCUUAUUGAAGUGAACGCAUUGGCCAAAGCAUUGGCUGGUCAAAAAGAUGAGGAAUUCUUUGUUGCUAAUGCAGCUGCACAAACUUCAAGGAGACUGUCUCCAAGAGUGACAAAUGAGGCAGUACAGAAAGCUGCUGCAGAGUUAAAGACCUCUGAUCAUCGCCGAGCUACACCAGUAAACAUUCGUCUUGAGCAGCAACAGAAACAUUUAAAUCUACCAAUUCUUCCAACAACCACCAUUGGAUCAUUUCCUCAGACAGUUGAGUUGCGAAGGGUUCGCCGUGAAUACAAGAUAAACAAGAUUUCUGAGGAAGAAUAUGUUAGUUUCAUUAAGGAUGAAAUUGCCAAAGUUGUGAAGAUACAGGAAGACCUUGACAUUGAUGUCCUUGUGCAUGGAGAACCCGAGAGAAACGACAUGGUUGAGUAUUUUGGAGAACAGCUACAGGGCUUUGCAUUUACAGUUAAUGGUUGGGUUCAGUCUUAUGGAUCCCGAUGUGUGAAGCCACCUGUCAUAUACGGUGAUGUUAGUCGUCCAAAAGCUAUGACUGUCUUCUGGUCUAAGAUGGCUCAGAGUAUGACUGCCCGUCCCAUGAAGGGAAUGCUCACUGGUCCAGUCACAAUUUUGAACUGGUCUUUUGUCAGAAAUGAUCAACCAAGAUCUGAAACUUGCAUGCAAAUUGCCUUGGCUAUCAAGGAUGAGGUGGAAGAUUUGGAAGCUGGUGGAAUUCAGGUAAUUCAAAUUGAUGAAGCAGCUCUUAGGGAAGGAUUGCCUCUACGCAAGUCAGAACAUGCUUUCUACCUGGAUUGGGCUGUUCACGGGUUCCGCAUCACUAAUUGUGGUGUGAAGGAUACCACUCAGAUCCAUACCCACAUGUGCUACUCCAACUUCAAUGAUAUCAUCCAUUCGAUCAUCGACAUGGAUGCUGAUGUAAUCACCAUUGAGAAUUCUCGUUCUGAUGAGAAGCUGCUCUCAGUUUUUAGAGAAGGUGUCAAAUACGGAGCUGGAAUUGGUCCUGGUGUUUAUGACAUUCACUCCCCUCGUAUUCCCAGCACAGAAGAAAUCGCCGACCGUAUCAGCAAGAUGCUUGCUGUCCUGGAAUCAAACAUCUUGUGGGUUAACCCUGACUGUGGCUUGAAGACUAGGAAAUACCCCGAGGUGCUUCCAGCUUUGACUGCCAUGGUUGCAGCUGCCAAAUUGCUGCGAACACAGUUGGCCAGUGCAAAGUGAGCAGACCGUUGCCGAGCAGUCUUGUUUGUCAUGAAGUUUAUGUCGUCAGAAAUUUGUUUGAAAGUAAUAAAAUAAUAUUUUGUUUGCUUUGUAAUUGAAGCCAUAUAAGGAAUAUGAGGCCGUUUGAACUUUGGCUUUGUGCCACUGUUGAGCCCCAGUUCUGGAUAUGUAGCGUAUUUCAUAAGAAAGUAAUAUUUGAUAUCAUUCAGUAAUUGUUAUA